GGAGGGGGCGGAUCGCCAAGUGGUUGUCAGUCAAGAUGGCGGGAGCGAUCGCCGCGGCCAGGGUCUGGGGGCCAAGCCGAGGCCUGGGCCAGGCUGCCCUCCUGGCGCUGCGGCGGCCUGGGACUCGGGGGCUAGCUACAUCUUAUCCCCACAGGCAGCAACAGCAGCAGUUCUCAUCUCUGGAUGACAAGCCACAGUUCCCAGGGGCCUCAGCAGAGUUUAUAGACAAGCUUGAAUUCAUCCAGCCCAAUGUCAUCUCUGGAAUCCCCAUCUACCGCGUCAUGGACCGGCAGGGUCAGAUCAUCAACUCCAGCGAGGAUCCCCAUCUACCCCAAGAGAAGGUCCUGAAGUUGUACAAGAGCAUGACGCUUCUCAACACCAUGGACCGCAUCCUGUAUGAGUCUCAGCGGCAGGGCCGGAUCUCCUUCUACAUGACCAACUAUGGAGAGGAGGGGACACAUGUGGGGAGUGCAGCCGCUCUGGAUAACACGGACCUGGUUUUUGGCCAAUACCGGGAGGCAGGUGUGCUGAUGUAUCGGGACUACCCCCUGGAGCUAUUCAUGGCACAAUGCUAUGGCAAUGUAAAUGACCAGGGCAAGGGGCGCCAGAUGCCUGUCCACUAUGGUUGCAAGGAACGCCACUUUGUCACCAUCUCCUCUCCACUGGCCACGCAGAUCCCUCAGGCUGUGGGGGCAGCCUAUGCUGCCAAGCGGGCCAAUGCCAACAGGGUUGUCAUUUGUUACUUCGGCGAGGGGGCCGCCAGCGAAGGGGAUGCCCACGCCGGCUUCAACUUUGCCGCCACACUUGAGUGCCCCAUCAUCUUCUUCUGCCGGAACAAUGGCUAUGCCAUUUCCACGCCCACAUCCGAGCAGUACCGCGGGGAUGGCAUUGCGGCACGAGGCCCUGGGUAUGGCAUCAUGUCGAUCCGCGUGGACGGUAACGAUGUGUUCGCUGUGUACAAUGCUACAAAGGAGGCCCGGCGGCGGGCUGUGGCAGAGAACCAGCCCUUCCUCAUUGAGGCCAUGACUUACAGGAUUGGGCACCACAGCACUAGUGAUGACAGCUCUGCAUACCGCUCAGUGGACGAAGUCAAUUACUGGGACAAGCAGGACCACCCCAUCUCCCGGCUGAGACACUACCUGCUGAGCCGUGGCUGGUGGGACGAUGAACAAGAGAAAGCAUGGAGGAAGCAGUCCCGCAAGAAGGUCAUGGAGGCUUUUGAGCAGGCUGAGCGGAAGCUGAAGCCUAAUCCCAACCUGCUCUUCUCGGAUGUGUAUCAGGAGAUGCCUGCCCAGCUCCGCAAGCAGCAGGAGUCCCUGGCUCGUCACCUGCAGACCUAUGGGGAACACUAUCCCUUGGAUCACUUUGAGAAGUGAGGCCUGGCUACCCUACCCCCACCCACCCUCAGCCAUCCUAUGGGGCAGUCCCACUCGGGAACAGGGAGAGCUGGCAGGACUGCUCUACUCCCCAUCCAGUUCCCUCUGAGUACUCAGGAACCAGGUGGCACCUGGGACUGUAACAGGUGGCUCUCACUGCCCGUCCCUGCUCCUCCAGGCUGUUACAUUUGAGGGGCGGAGUGUUCACGCAGUUGCUGAGGCUCCAUCAGCCCUCUCUUCACCUGUUGUUACAGUGCCUUCUCCCAGGCCUGGGUGAGGGGUCUCUGGGACAAAAAGCCCUGGGUGUGGGUGGACACAGCACAUUAGCCUACGGAACUUCCUCAGAGUGAUAGGUGGUCAGCAGAGGUAGCAAAUAAACUAGGUCCUGCAUUUGGCCCUGUA